AUGGAACCCAGAACAUCAUCGCAAUGUGGAAAGUCCAUGACCAAUUGUCUAUAUGUGAUGAGACCAAGCGCUGCCACUGGCCAUCAGCCCACUGAGACCCCCAGCACAGGAGAGUUGCCGUCUGCUCUCCUCCCAGCAAGCUCUUUCUGUGCUGUUGUCCCACCACGCGACACUUCAGGAUCUGGGUCCACCAGGAACAAGCUGCUCCUCAUCUCCUUCGACGGUUUCCGCUGGGACUACGACCGAGAUGUGGACACCCCUAACCUGGAUAAGAUGGCCCAGGACGGGGCGAAAGCAGAAUACGUCACACCACCCUUCCUCACCAUCACCAGCCCCACACACUUUACCUUGCUUACAGGACGUUACAUCGAGAAUCACGGAGUAAUCCACAACAUGUGGUUCAACACUACCACUCAGGAGAAGAAGCAGUACUACAUGACUCAGUUUGUUGAUUCCUACUGGGACAAUGGCAGUUUACCCAUCUGGAUAACAGCACAAAGACAGGGUCUAAAAGCAGGGUCUCUGCAUUUCCCUGGCACAGCAGCCACCUACAAAGGAGAGACUGUGAGAGUUAGGCAAGUGGAACCUCGUUUCUAUGAUCAUUCUAAUGAAACAGAAUGGAGGCUGAACAUCGACAAGGUGAUUGGGGAGUGGUUCCACCAACAGGACCUGGACUUUGUCUCCUUGUACUUCGGGGAACCAGACAAGACUGGGCACAAAUAUGGACCAGAUUCCCCAGAACGCCGUGCAAUGGUCCAGCAAGUGGACCGUACUGUGGGCUACAUCCGGGACAAGAUCCAAGACCAUGGCCUUACUGACCAGCUCAACAUUAUCAUCACUGCCGACCACGGGAUGACUACAGUUCUACGGGAUGGACUGGUUGAGGAGAUCAUCCUCUCUAAGAUUCCUGGCUUCGACUUCAGGGAUAUCAAGUUUCAUCUGGUAGAUUAUGGUCCCACUGGGAUGCUGCUUCCUAAAGAGGGGAAGCUAGAGAAGGUCUACCAGGCUCUGAAAGGAAGCCAUCCUCACCUUCAUGUGUAUAAAAAGGAGGAGAUGCCAGCUAGACUGCACUACAGUAGCCACCCUCGACUUCUGCCCAUCAUCCUCUUUGCUGAUCCUGGAUAUGUAAUCAAUGGGUUCUUCCCUGUGCAGUUCAACAAAGGAGAGCAUGGCUUUGACAAUCAUGUGAUGGACAUGAAGCCAUUCUUCAGGGUGGUGGGGCCCGAUUUCCAGAAGAACCUGGUGUUCAGGCCCUUUGAGACAGUCAACGUGUACCCACUGAUGUGCCAUCUUCUAGGGAUAAACCCAGAGAUGAACGAUGGACACUUGGAUAAUACCAAAGGCAUGCUGGUCCCCAAGAAAAAUGGAAACAACAAUAAUCCAGAGAUGAAUACCCAGCUCAAAGUGGUUAUCGGCUUAUCAGCAGUGACUGGGUUUCUGGUACUGGUGUUCAUAGUGACCACCUCCUAUGCUUGGUCCCCACCACAGGACCCUGAGCUGCGGUCAGUAUUCACAGGGUCCACCAGAAACAAGCUGCUGCUCAUCUCCUUCGACGGCUUCCGCUGGGACUAUGACAGAGAUGUUGAAACUCCUCACCUGGAUAAGAUGGCCCAGGAUGGAGUGAAGGCAGCCUAUGUUACUCCACCUUUCCUCACCAUUACCAGCCCUGCUCACUUCACACUGCUGACAGUUCUACCAGAGCUCAUCACCACACUGGUCAAGACCUAUUCCCAAGACCUGCAACUGUGCUUCACAACAGCAGACUUCACUACGGCAUGGCAGCACUUGGAUGUAGGCAUAAUGGCAGGCUGCACAGUCUCACCCUCGGCUUUCACAAUGGCCAUGGAAGUCAUCAUCAGGGCCUCAAAAUGGGUGGUGGGUGGUGAACGAACCAGGGAUGGGCUCCGUCUUCCACCUAUCAGGGCAUACAUGGACGACAUGACAACCCUGACCACCACUGCAGCAUGCACCAAGCGGCUGCUUGGAAAGCUGCAGAAGAACAUCAAUUGGGCCCAAAUGAAAAUCAAGCCAAGCAAAUCUCAAAGCAUCUCCAUAGUCAAGGGGGUGCUGACAGGUGCAAAGUUCUGCAUCGGUGAGGAGCCAAUACCAAUAGUGUCUGAGUAG